AUGUCAUUCAACAUCGCCACCAAAUUACCUUCCAACCUCACCCAAUCCCUUAAAUCCCUUCCACUUAAAUCACUAGGCAUAUCCACUCUUUCCACUCGACCCUAUCCUCAAUCAUAUUGGACAAGGACGAAAGACGGGCUCACCUCCAUUAAGAAGGUCCGAGAUGUCUUAACUGAGGAAGAAUACUUAUUGGUCUGUUCAACAGAUAGAAAAGGGUUUUUCAAGAUGUCAGACACCGAUCAUUUGUCCGUUAUACCCACAAAUGGACCAAUCAAUGAACGUUCAUCCAGGAAGAGUAUCACCACAAAGGUCGAUAAAGCCAAUUGUAUUUCACUUUCGAAUGAUGAGGUAUUUAGGAUUAAUGAUAGACCCUUGGUCACUCAGGAGGGUACCUACUAUUGUGCCAAGCCUCUAUCGUUCAACAAAACUACUAGUAUCGAGGCUCAGGGACAACAGAGAUCAUGUAUCAUUGAUUCGCUGAAGAGUAAAGGAUUAGGUAUAGGUGAUUGUCUAGGGUUGAAUAUCCUUAUUCGUGAUCAUCAAGAUCUCUUAGACGGGAAUACCGAACUGAAUGGUGAAGGCGGGAAACAAGUGGAAUUCCGAUCUUUGUACUCUUUGUUACCUUCACACGGACACGGAUCAACUGAUACUCAAUUGACUCCGAGCUCGGCUUUCGUGGAUGACGAGAUAAACCAUGUAUCAUGGUAUGAUCCUACACUUAUCAGAAAACUUCCUGAGGAUUCGGAAAUGUAUACGGUAGGUGCCAUUUCGAUGGAUGAAGUACUAGGUAAUCUCGAUAAGUAG